CUCAUCUAUACCUAACCAUACAAUCCUACGAACGUACAACUUACAACAUGGCCUCUUUCAAGUAUCACGCACUUCCUGGCUUUGGAGAAGAGUGUCGCGAGAAAUACGGGUUUAGCGAUGCCUGCAUCAUCGGCAAUCGGCUGGUCGUCACGGGACAGACGGGCAUGAAUCCUUUGACCAGAGUGACUUCUCCCAAAAUUGAGGAGCAAAUUGCGCAGGCCUUCAACAACAUCAAUGACCUGAUCAUCCACACCCUCGUUCAAGAAGGUCAUGCCAUUGAGGAGGACAGUACUGGCUGGGAUUACGUGGUCAAGCUGCGCGCGUUCUUCGUGGGAUUAUCCGGCAUGCGCGUGGAAGCACGGGAAAAUAUGGUCCACUACAUCAAGAAGUGGUGUCCUCGCCAUCAGCCGUUGUUCACCAUGGUAGGAAUCGAAAGCCUGCCUUUUCCCGAGCACCUUGUGGAGUUUGAAGUUGACGUAUGGAUUCCUUGAUAUGGUGCAUUCUAUGGCCCAAUUGCGGUUUUAACCCCUUGUAUUCCACGGAGAGUGCGGAAUGGAGAGGGCCUUUUUGUACUGAAUUACUACAAUAUUGCUUUCAUUUUAUGCCAUAUAUUAGUCCUCUCAAAUACAUCGU